CUAAAAUCGCCAUAUAUAAAUGAAUCAGAUCGCCUCCGAUAAAAAACACGUUCUAGGAAAUCCAUGUGAUUUCCCAGAACGCAGUGUUUCUCUUGACCAACAAAAUUCCCAAAUCAAUUACGGGCAUCUGCAUAUAAAGUCUCAAUCAGCAACUUUUCACAUUACUCAAGAUGUACGGCGUCCUUCGUUUGAUAUGUACAUGUGCUCUGGUGACAUUGGUCCGAAGUACCGUCCAUUACCCUUAUAUCAAGAGUAGAUCUGACCGGUUCAACGACAAUGAUUAUAAGGUAGUGUUUCCGCACAAGGAAGAUGAGCAAAGUACUCUGGUGCAUGUGCAUGUGUUAUUUAGGCAUGGAAACAGGACAGCUGACAGCGAAGCAGAACUGUACCCAAAUGACCCUUACUUAAACUAUACAUACUUUCCCUAUGGAUUGGGCCAACUCACAAACGCGGGGAAAAGAAGAGAAUAUGCAAUCGGCACAGCACUCAGAGAAAGAUAUGAUGACUUUCUUGGUAGUUAUUACUACCCAGAAAUCGUUGAAGCAAUCAGUACUGACUACAACAGGACUAAAAUGUCGCUGCAGCUGGUUUUAGCUGGACUGUUUCCUCCUAGAAGAGAUGACAUAUUUAACGGACUUGUUUGGCAACCUGUACCUUUCAACUAUCUUCCAAGACCAGAAGACACGCUUCUUCUGGGUGUCCUCUGUCCGAACUACUUAGAGCUAUACGAAGAUCACUACAACUCGAAUAAGGUUAAACGAGAGUUGCGGAAGCAUCGUGAAACUUUCAAUUACAUCGCCAAGCAUAGUGGCUUAAAUGUGACCAGGUAUCAAGACAUUUAUCAACUCUUUUUCGGAUUAUCAACAGAGUCUGAGUACGGACUGAGACUACCUGGAUGGCUAAAUACUGUCUGGCCUGAGACAAUUAUAGACUUGGCAAUCCAGGAAUACUAUGUUUCUAUGGGCACGUCCAACUUGAGGAAAAUGGCAGCUGGGUAUUUGUUGAAAAAGAUCCUAGAUGACGCAAGGAGGAUCAUCGAGAACAGAGUAAAAUUGUGCAGGAAGAUUCAUCUGUACUCGGCGCACGAAAACAAUGUCGCCCAACUUUUGAUCGCACUUGGAAUUUUUGAACCUCACAUACCGAACUAUGGGGCCUACCUCAUCUUGGAGCUUCAUCGACAGAACGGGAAAUACGGUUACAAGAUUUUCUACGAGAACUGGACUGACAGAAGAGGUCCAAAACUUAUGAAGUUACCCAAAUGUGGAGAGUUUUGUCCGUUGGACAAAUUAAUGUCCUUGAUUGACGAGCAUUUGCCUUUAAAUGACAAUUUGUGUGGCAACUGAUGGAAGCAGUAUCAUUUUUUGAAUGCUCAAAUAAGAUAAAUUUAGUAGAGUAUUUACUAUUACGUUUACUAUGGUGAGAUGUACUUAACAUAAAAGACGUGAACAUGUUAUUUUUUGUAACUUUGCGAGUGUUGCUUGUCAAUGGCAAUGAGUUUGUCUAAGCUUGGUACUUAUAUUACAAAAUGUCAAAUUAAUUGUUUCAUUAAUUUUAUUUUCAUUUAGUUAGAAAGGAUAUAAAAUUUCAUUCAAAAGCCCUCUACACAGCUGUUUACUUUAACCCCACCAUUGCUGGUAUAUGACGCUGUAUACAGUAUACUGGGCGUUUCAACGCUUACCAUUGGAGAUCUCAGGAACGAGAAGAGAUACGAAGUCAGAUUAAAUGGCAGCGAAGUUGCUGGUUUAGGUGAAUAAGAAAAUGGCACUCAGGAAGUUCCUCAAUUCAGAGAUAGUCGGAUAAUAUCGAAUUUUCUCAAAAUCGUAAUUCUCAUUUACAAUGUUGCAAAAUUUAAAUUCCAAUGUGAUCUGGUGGAUAAACAUAUAUACCUAUCACACGUUGACAAUGCAAAAAUUCAGUAAUAAACUGAUAUUUCCAUAUUGGCCUUGAUAAUGAGAGCUUAUCACUUGUUUAUUCGACUAAUAACUAGAAUCACUUCGGUUAUUGAGAAGCCUGUUUAAGGGACCAUUGAUAGAAUUUCGCUCCUUUAUUGAAGCACUAUUUUUAGAACGACGUAGUCUCCGUAUUCUCAAUAAAAGAGAAGGGGGGACAAAAAGUUAGCAUUACGUUGUUUAACUAUAGGAAGAUUGCUUUUUUAGACAUUUGAUGUUUUAUGAUACCAGCCUGUAUCAUGCUAUGUGCCCGCUAUAAAUUUGACACCUCUUAACUGUUUAGCAUGUCUUUUUAUAAAAGAAAUUUAUAUACAAGAGUUUAGUAUCCAAUAUACAGUUUUUCAGUUAAUGUCUUUUAUAUGUGCCAUCAAAAAAGU